AAUAAAAUAAAAUGUUAUUGUGCUAUUUAUUGCGAUUUCCGAUGGACAAGCAUAUCGAAAACCGGACUCAAUGCGAGAUUCAGAUACUAUUGGAAUACGCCAACUGUCGGCCUACCAUUGGUUCUUCAGUCGAGAGCCAACUUCGUCAUCUUCGUCUUGUGUUUCCAUAACCAAACCGAAACUCACCCAACCAUUUAUAUUAUAUAUAUAGUUUCUCUGGGCAGCCCCGAGGCCAACUCAACUUGAGUUUCUUCAUUCCUGACAAAAAUCCCUAAUCCACCAGAAUUACAACCAAAAAAAAAAAAAAAAAAAAAAAAAAGAGGUUCUUUCUCUUUUGGUGUGUAUAUAUAUUUAUAUAUAUGUGUAUAUGCAUAUGAUGUUAUAAUAAUAACAGGCAUAUGCAUACACAUAUAUAGCAGAUUUGGCUCCGAUUGUUCUUUCGCUGUCUGUCAAGCCCUAAUAGAUUGUUUUUUUUUAUCGAUUGCGUCAUGCCGAAUUCGUGUGAUGGGGUCGUCGACGGUGUAUGCCAUGGUUUUUUUGGAUCGUCUGCCAAUCCUGAGAAGCUCAUUAUCGAUACUGACCCUGGAAUUGCAGAUGAUACCAUGGCCAUCUUAAUGGCAUUUCAAACUCCAGAGUUAGAAAUUUUGGGCUUAACAACAACUUUUGGUAAUGUUACCACAGAAGAUGCCACUCGGAAUGCAUUGCUUCUGUGUGAUAUUGCAGGGUGUCCAGAUGUGCCUGUGGCAGAGGGCAGUCCGGAGCCUCUGAAGGGUGGAAUUCCACGUGUAGCUGAUUUUGUCCAUGGUUCUGAUGGAUUGGGGAAUAUAUUUCUACCUCCUCCAAACACCAAGAAAAUUGAGAAGAAUGCUGCCGAAUUCCUAGUACACAAGGUCUCUGAAUAUCCUGGUGAAGUAUCUAUUCUUGCACUAGGACCCCUGACAAACAUAGCUUUGGCAAUCAAAAGGGAUUCUUCCUUCGCAAGGAAGGUGAAGAGACUAAUAGUACUUGGCGGUGCUUUCUUUGCAUUAGGAAAUGUGAAUCCUGCUGCGGAAGCAAAUAUCUAUGGGGAUCCAGAGGCAGCAGAUGUUGUUUUUACAUCCGGGGCAAAUAUCACUGUUGUAGGAAUAAACAUUACAACCCAAGUUAAAUUAGCAGAUGCUGACCUCCUCGAAUUGAGGCAAUCUAAAGGAAAGCAUGCUCAGUUCAUAUCAGACACUUGCAAAUUCUACAGAGAUUGGCAUGUAAAGUCUGAUGGUGUCCAUGGUAUUUUCCUUCAUGAUCCCGUCAGUUUUGUGGCAUUAGUCCGGCCUGAUUUGUUUACGUACAAGAAAGGAGUUGUGAGGGUUGAGACACAGGGCAUAUGUGUAGGCCAUACCUUAAUGGACCAAGGACUAAAAAAAUGGAAUACAAGCAAUCCAUGGUCAGGCUAUUCUCCCAUCUCUGUUGCUUGGACAGUAGAUGUUGAUGAAGUCAUCUCUUAUGUUAAAAAUCUACUAAUGAAGCCAUGAAAGCUUUAGGAGUAUGACUGCAGAUUCCUGGAGAUGCCAAUACCUGUCAUAGCAAAGCUUGGGUUGCAUCUUAUUUUCUACUGAAAGUCCCCAGUCGUCUAUUUUCUGUUGUGCUGGAGAUCACCUGAGUUUCAGGUGUGAAGAGCUCACUCAGUUAUGGUCCCGUUGUUUAUUGAAACUUAGCGAAAACAUUUCAAGAAUGAUAGUGAAUGAAAUUUACGAAAGGAAGGAAUGCCAUUCCUUUUUACUUUA